GGAUCCUCAUACUGCAUCUCCAUUCACACAUGCAGGCACCAAGAAUAGCUUCCAGACCCUGGGCAUGAAGCUAGAAAACAUCACCAACCCCUGGAGCCCGGAGCACCAGCUGGUCCAGCCAACACUAGAGCAGACGGGAUACUCCCGGGAGCGCCAGGCAGCCUUUCGCUUCGGACAGACUCUGCCCAAGUACCUGUCUUCACCAGCCCCAAGGAGAACCGCUGGGGCCACCAGCGCAGCUACAGGCUGUAGAUCCACUCCAUGGCUGAGCAGGUGCUGCCGUCCGGCUGGCAGGAGGAGCGGGCUGUCACCUGGGCCAGAUGUGCCCCGGAAGCUGCUGGGCCACCCCAGUGCCCAGAGCCUCCUGGCUGCUCUGCCCCGCAGGUACCCCCUGGCAGUGACCAAGUACCGGGAGUCUGAGCUGCACAGCAGCAGCCUCUACAACCAGCACGACCCCUGGGACCCGCCUGUGGUCUUUGAGGAGUUUCUUCGAAACAAUGAGAACAUUGAAGAAGAGGACUUGGUGGCCUGGGUGACAGUGGGCUUCUUGCACAUCCCCCACUCAGAGGACAUCCCCAACACAGCCACCCCGGGCAACUCCGCGGGCUUCCUGCUCCGGCCCUUCAACUUCUUCCCCGAGGACCCAUCCGUGGCAUCCAGGGACACCGUGAUCGUGUGGCCUCGGGACAAGGGCCCCAACUACAUGCAGCGAUGGAUCCCUAAGGAGGGCAGACACUGCUUCACGCCUACCCCCCUUAGCUACAAUGGGACUUACAGGCCUGUGUGAAGGGCCCCUGACCCCAGCUAACUCCUCAUUACAAGCCCGAGUCCCCCACCCCACCACCCAGGGACAGAUAAUAAACCCUCCAGAGCUCA